GGCGUCCGAGUGACGACUGCAACCGGGACAGCCAUCCUGUGACCCCAAGAGGACGUAGGUCUGCCUGCUGCAGACGGGAAGGUGACUCCAGACCCGGGAGGAUGAGUGGUGGUCCCCGGUGACGGAUGGAGGGAAUCAGCUCCUGCAAGGUUCCCUGCGGCGCUGGUCAGGCUAGGAGCAAGCCUGCAUCCCCCUCCAGAGAUGCUCACGAGGGUGUCAAGGCGGUCAUCCUCUCUUCUUCAGCAAUUUUAGACUUGAGUCAAAGUGGUCUUCACCAUUUAGGAGAGAUCUUUAAAGUUCUCAACCUCAGACAAAACGCCCUCUGCACGAUUCCUAAAGACCUCUUUCAGUGGCUGCCAAAACUCACCUGGCUGGACCUCCGCUCUAAUAGGAUCACAGCGCUUCCUUCUGGGAUCGGCUGUCACAAGCAUUUGAAAACUUUGCUUUUAGAAAGAAAUCCUAUCAAAAUGUUACCUGUGGAGCUGGUUAAAAAGAUGACCGUGAGUGAGCUGCCACAUCCCCUGUUGGAUUUAUCCGAAGAGCGUGUGCCUAACAAAGAAACCAUUCAUUCUCAGGAGGCAAAGGGAACCGUGUUAACAGAACAGGCAGACUUUUUCCCACCUGUGGAAAACCUAGACCUGCGUGAGCGCAGAAGGUCCACCGAGCCUCCGGAGGACUGGCCGAGCGAGGAGGAGAUCAGGCGCUUUUGGAAGCUGAGGCAGGAGAUCGUGGGGAACGAGCACGCAGAGGUUCCCGAGAGCCAGCGCCUGCCGGUGGAGCUGCCCCCGGCCCUCAAGGCGGUGCUGCGCGACAGGGAGACGCGGCGACCCCGCCCGAGGCCCGUCUUCAGGACGAGGACGCCCUCCUUCAAGAGCGUCCUGCCCGAGCUGGCCCCACGGCAGCAGGCCCUGGGCCGCACCGGCCUGCCGGAAGAGAGCGGGGGCCUGGCCCUCCGGGAGCUGCCGGGGAAGCAGGCCCAGCUGGAGCAGCGCAGGAGAGACAAGCGAGCACUGCAGGAGUGGAGGGAGCUGGCCCAGAGGAUGAAGAGGAGGAGGGGGCUCAGCCACCUCCCGACCCCACGGAGGAACCUGGUGGCGUCCAAGAUUCCCUUUGCCACUGACCUGAUAGGUAAUGAGAAAAUACCAAUGCAUUCGCCUGGGAAACUGAAACAAAGCAAAGAGAAGUCAUUGCAAGCAAGUCAGGAAAUGAGUGCCUUCCGAGAGGAGACUUUAGAGGAAAAGCUGACCCAGCACAUCCAGCAAUUGCAGGAACGAAGAAGCAGAUUCCGAGGGUCGGCACCUCUCGAGGAGAUAGGGAGGGCCACACAGGACUUGGAAAUUGCCAGGAGGCUGCAGGAUGAAGUAAUGAAACGAAAACUGAGGCCGACCUUGAACAGAAACCAUCAAUGUACAGCUCUCCCUGGAAGCCUUUCGCUUGGCCUGACUUUGUCGCAGCCUCAGAAUAUAUUUUUUAACACGAAGUAUUAA